AUGGCGUCGUCCUCGACUGUAACUCAAGAGACCACAGCAGAGGAGGACCUCGCGUUCUGGAAAGGACGUAUAGAAAGAGAACCUGCCGUCGUUCUUGAGCUUUGGAGAGCUGCAUUCCGCAAGCGGUCUGGACGCUCCAAUAUCGACAACACUGAACUGUGGACUAUAACCAUUGCCAUAUCAUUUUUAUCACAAGCAGCUGGCAGCGGUGAAAACAAGUUCGUGAAUGGUAGACCCUGGGCCGAGCCUAAGACUGCCAGAGUUUUCGCCGCGUUGCGGAAAAACGGUCUAUGUGCAGUAUGCGAAGAGAUUGUCAAGCAGCCCGACUUCUUCGAUCUCUUUUUGCCCUUUACUAUAGCCGUCCUCGACAUCAUCGAAGCGAUAUGCGUGUUGGAACUAUGGUUGCCUGUAGUCGACGUGUCAGAGGUCAAGAGCCUCGGAGAGUGUGUAACUAGGUCUCUCUGGGCUCACAAGGACUACUUUCUUGAGGGAGGACCUAUACUCGAUGCCCCUCCUGAGUACGGUGGACAAAAGGAGUUCUCUGUGAGGCUUCGUAACACGGUCGUCGACCUCUUGGCGCCCUUUCUCUUCGAAUUAGCCCAUAAACAGAAUUGGGGAGCACAAGAUGAUCUUCGUCGUAUCGGCUUGUUUUGCUGGUUACACACCGAGGGCAACGAAGCCGACAUACUUCCCACUCAUAUCUUCAAGCCCAUCCUUCCACUUGACACCAAGCCCGAUCCUUCCAUGAUUGAUAUGGAGCGUGGUCCUCUCAGCGAAGUCAUACGGUUCACGACCGAGGAGGCGGUCCCAACAUACGGCGCAGAACCCAUCCUGCGACGUCUUUGUCAAACCUUGCGCGCCCCUUGGAUCGUCGACGCAAAGUUGGUCGCCCUCAUGCAAGGCGUAUCUCUUCCUAUCCUCGACGCCAAGAUGAAUGCCAAACUUGCCUCUACUGGACUUCUUCUAGCUUGGCGAGACGCCGUAGAUCGACAAUUCAGGGAUGGAACAGAUGUCACGAGUAAUUGGCAAGUGCUCGAUUACACGCUCCAAGUCUUCAGUGUGAUCACAAUCGAUGUCCCUAUCGCCGACGGCUCAGCUCAUCUCGUCCGUGAGUGUGGCGUCGUAGAGCUCGUAUCUCGCGCAGUCCGCAUGUACCCGGAACUAGGUGCUUCAGAGAAGGGUUCCGCACUAAAGGAGUGCUUGAGGUCUAUCAGCGCAUACAAGAAGUUCGCAGCUGCCAUGAACAUGCGCAGCGGUAAGAACACCUUACGAAAGACGUUCAAGCAGCAGAUGCAUCGGGAGUGGUAUCCGACCCUACAGUAUCUACGCAGCCAGUCACGCAGCAACAUCGGGACCGAGAAGCUCUUGCUUGCCUGGGACGACUUCGGAAAGGCAGUCGGCUUAUCUGAAGAACAGGAGAAGGCGAAGCAUGCCCGCGAGGCGAAGAAGGCGGCCGCAGAACGCGCGCAUCAUUGUGCGUGGAAGGAAUGCAGAUUCAAUGAGGAGAAGCAUCCGAUGCCGACGACUUUACGCGCCUGCUCUGGUUGCGGCGUUGCGCGAUAUUGCUCAAGAGAGUGCCAGAGAAAAGACUGGAAGACCGGUCAUAAAAUCGACUGCAGGAGGCUCAGGGAAGCCGAAGGGGCGUUCGUCUGA